AUGCACAGCGCGACGGACAGCGGGCAGCAGCUGACCGUCCGCUUCACCAACCUGUACCGAUACUACCUGGCCAACUCGUACCUGCCGAGCUUCCUCCUGGUGGUGAUCAGCUACUCCACUUUCUACUUCCGCCUGGAGGACUUCAACGAGCGCAUCAUGGUGAGCAUCACGGCCAUGCUGGUGCUGGUCGCCCUCUUCUCGCAGACGUCCAGCACGAUCCUCAAGACGACCUACCUCAAGCUCAUCGACAUCUGGUACAUGGUCUGCAUCGUCGUCGACUUCGUCAUGGUCAUGAUGCUCGCACUCAUCGACUUCGUCCUCCACAACCACAACAGCAACCGCGUCCUUGUCAUCCCGUCAUCGAAGAACAACUUAGGCCGCUACUUCAAGUCGAACGCCGAAAAGCUGAACAAACUCGGCCGCGUCGCCCUCCCGCUGCUGUUCCUGGCGUUCCUGCUCGUCUACGCCGUCAUCGCCUGCGUCAAGUACGUUAUAGGACCCAGGCUACACUUGGGCUACACGGUCUAG